AUGUGGGAGGCCGACCUCUCCCUAUUCCGUUCUGGUCAGUGGAUCCAUCUGCAGAUCAGGUUCCGCGACGCCAGUGAAGUGCCAGAAGAUCCUCCUUUGUGGCACGGCGUCGUCCCUGUCGGCGACGACGGGCUACUCUGCUGGGUCGACCCAUGGGAACUAGGCAUCGUGCUCUGCGACGUGUUCGACGAGGAGACACCCAGGCUGCAGUAUCUACCGCUCCCCAUGGAAAACAUAUGGGGGGAGCCAUCAAACCGGAACGUGUGCGCCACUGCUGGGGGCGACGUGAUCAAGUUCUUCAACAUCUUCCCCCGCUGCUGUUGUGGCGGCGCUGGUGCCUCCAGCUGCGAACGUUCUUGUCACUCCUACACAAUCGAAACCUGGACGAUGAGGAUCGGCAAUGGCGAUAUGGAGUGGGUGAAGGAUGGCAUCGUCGACGCCUCUGAGCCCUGGGCGCUCGACUCCUACAAGGGCCUCCGGUGCUUCCCACUCGACCACCCCGUCGUGAGCUUGGACGAACCUGAGGUCAUCUGCUUCUAG